AUCCAAUGGUCAAGUUAUCUCAAUUGUGACGUAAGGGACACCUGAAAUUAGAAUUUCUAAAAAUAUUCCAUGUCAACAUGAGAGGUGGAGAAUGGGGAAACGUCGGGCAAAGAGGAUAUCAGUCUAACAACAUGUCUUCACCAACUGCGGACGUCUUCCGAUGUGGGUUGCAAAUUUAUCAGCUGUCCCCAGAUUCAAAGCGGCUUGGGUCUUACACGGAGGACAGAACAUAUGAUAGUUUGGAUGGGAGCUCCACAGAGUUGACUGAUGUGUUUGAAGAAGAGGAUUGUAUUCAGGAUGAAGGCUGGAGUACCCCUGUUGCAGACCUGAAACAGAAAAUUGCAGCUCGGCUAGAAAACUAUCUUACCAAUGAGAGCCUGUCUGAAGAUGCCUUUUUACUGAAACAUGUUCAGAGGAACAAGAUGGGCUAUGUCAGUGUGAAGUUACUAACUUCAUUCAAAAAGAUCAGGGAGCUCACACGUGACUGGCGAACCACUCUGGCUGCGGCUCGCACCACGCAGCAGCUGGAAGUCAACGAGGAGGGAACCAAGGUGCGACGGAGGGACCCAGUGCCCGACUGGCUACUGUGUGUCCCCACCAGCAAGCUGCUGCUGGCCUGGAAUCUCCUGGGAGGAGAGGACAACGAUGAAGAGCGCGUAGCCCCGGGGGUGGAGCACCAGGGCCUGAUGGAGACAGCCAUGAGACUAUUUGGCUGCCACGGCACCAUCACUUCCCUCCGUAUCCUGCGCCCAGGAAAGGAGAUCCCUGCCGAGCUCAAGAGGUAUGCCAAGAAGCACAUGGAGCUGGGGCGUAAGGUGUGUGCCGUGGUGGAGUAUGAGUACCUGGAGGGGGCACGGAGGGCCUAUGAGGCCCUGCAGGCUGAGGAGCAGCUGCAGGGGAACAGGGCGGUACGUGUGGUGCUCCUAGGCAGCAGGGGCACCAGGAAGCCAAGGAGCAGCCAGGACCGCACAGAGGAAGAGUCUGAGGACGGCAUCGAGAGUGUGUGCUCGAGGAAGCCCAACCGCAAGGGCAGGCGCUACCCGGGCUACUCCCUGGAGGACUCUGCCCUCUACAGCUCGUCGGAGUCUGACUUCGCCCCAGCCUCGCCCAGGCCCAACCGCAGGGUCACACGGCCUCAGGCUCUGUACGGCAGCCCCCUGGCCAUCCCCCGGGUGUCCUCCUUCCGCUCAGACCCCUACAAGAACCCAGUGUGUAGCCCUGUGGGGAGCCCCCUCCUGCCCCGCAAGCUGUUCCCCAGUGGCCACACUCCAUCCCCGCUGGCUGCCCCAGAGAUCAGCAGCAGCAGCCCUGUAUCCAGUGGCAAUGGAAGCUUUGGCAGCAGGAGCAAGUGCUCUGGGGACUAUUCCCAGGAAAGUUUGGGCUUUGUGGGGAGCCCCUGGGUCCAGCGUCGAAAGACUGCCGCCCAGGCCUUUUUUCCUGACAAAGGUGGGCCCCUCUCGCCUGGCCUCCCCAAGAGGCCACUGGGCGUGGUGGAGGUGUUGCGCCAGCCGCUUGGCCCUGACGGCACUAAAGGCUUCUACAACUGCAUUUGCAGGGGGAAGCUGGUACUGCAGCAAUGAUAAAACCUGGCCAAAAUGACCUCUGCCCAAAGCAAGGAAUGAUUGGAUCUGAUUUUUGGGGGGGGAAUAGUCACAUUGGUCAAACUUGUUAUGAAUGUUAUUUUGUAUUGAGAUUAAUAAAGAUUACGAUGUACUUUCAA